UAUCGUCACCGAGUCAUGUUCAAGUCUUCCUCCGCCAUGGCCCAACAACCCCAACCCCCCAUCAAGCCCACUCGGUUCCGCUUCCCUUUCAAACAAAAGACGCCACUGCUCCCCCCUCCCACGUCCUCAUCAGGAUCGCCCUCAAGGAUCAGCAGCUCGGCUGGAAGCCCACCCAAUUCAGGGUCAGGCAUAUUCAACUUGGGAAGGAAACUCGGGUUCAAACCAACCACACCCACACUCAGGAAAUCAGUGUCAUUUUCAUCAGGAAGGUCUUCACCAAGCAAAGAUAACAACAUGGACUGGAAAAAGAAGAUUUCUGCGGAUCAUACAGAUGUGGCUUAUCGUGAAGCGGUUGGGAGAUUGAGAGCUAUUCUCAGUCCUAGACCAACUAUUAAAAGUGUCACUGGGUCGCCCAUUAAGGACUUGACAUCACCAUCAAAACCGUCUCAUCCUUCACCAAUUUUUACGCCCGAGAAGAAAGAGGGAACGAUAUCGUCAAGCCUUCGGUCCAUGUUCACGAAAGAUGCCAACGCUAAUAAUCAAGUCAAUCUCAACAACCAGCAGCAAACUUCUGUAGUGCCGCCUGGUUUUGUGGGAAGUUUGCCAAAUCGGACCCUUCCAUAUCCGCACGGCUAUGCUCCCUUCUACGCCAGUGACCCGGCUAACCUUCAGAGAGAAGACGAUUUAUUCGGAUUUAUUGAAAAGCAGUCCGAGUAUAUUGCACAGCUAGAAAAAGAAACCAAAUAUAGCAGGAACGAGCUAGCCACAAUGUUGGACAAGGUCAAAGAUGUCAUUGCUGAAAAUGAAGAGUUGCAUCAAAAACAAAAGACGGACUUGUUGACAAAUAUGAUUCAGCACUUGAACGAAAAAACCGAUGGCUAUGGCUCCGCUUUGGCAGAAAUGAAGCAGUCCAAGAUAAAAUCCAACGGUGGGAGUAGUAAUGUCAUCAUAGAGUCAAAGAUAACGGAACUUGAAGCCCAACUGAGUCAAGCGAGAAGAAAUCUUCGGCUUGCACAAGAAGAGAUUUUGGAUAUGCGAAAGGGAAAUAUUGGAGGGACAAGUGGCAGUUCAACCAUGAAUGGCAAUAAGGAAGUCUCUCCAGCUGGCCUGAGUAACAAUUUGUACGCAAAUUGUGACCUUCACCGUACAGAAAUCGAUACAUUAGUUCGAGAAAAGUCGGACUUACUGGAUACCAUGCAAAAGAUGAAGCAAAUGGUGGGUGACCUUCGAGACAGAGAAUCUGACGCAGCUAAAAAAGUCAAGAACAGCUUAGAAAUCGUGGAACAAAUGCAAGUGGAAAAAGCACAGAGCGAUAUGGAGACCCGGAGGUUGAAGGAAGAGCUGGACAGGCAUCAACAGCGCAUUCGUGACAUGAUUCAGGACCAUUCACGACGGUUGCAUGAUGAAAAACUGCAAGUUGAAAAGAAAUACAAACAGGAACUUGAUCAACUGAACAACGAAAUGAAUAUUGAGCUCGAUUGCUUGACAAAGGCUCGAUUGGAUUUGGAACGACAGAAAAGACUCGAAACUGAUCUUCGAAGAGAAUUGCAACAAAAAAUGUGCACUAUUGAAGACAUUCGUCAGGAAAUGCAGAUCAAAAUAAGCCAUAUGCAAGCAGAGUUGGGCAACAGCAUUACCCAGAAAAGCACGAUUGAACAAGAACUCAUCAACAUUCGCCUCAAUGCUGAAAAGGCAGACAGGGAUAGUCGUCAAGACGCUGCACGCCUUCAGGCUGAAAUUAACGGGUUAAGAAAACGAUUGGAGCAGUCGGACAUGGAAUUGGUCAAAAGUCAGGAGCUCAUAAUGAAAUUGAAUGAAACCAUUUCACACCUACAGCGUGAGAACUCUCUGGCAAAAAUACGGUUGGAAAGCCACAUUGCUGAAAAUCCCGAAUUGGCAGAUGCGGAUGUUGUCACAAUUAUCCAGAAUAUGGAAGACAAGCAUAAUCGAGACAUGCAAGAUUUGGAGCAGCUAAUCCAGCAACAAAACGGGUUAUUGGACAAAUUGAGAGGAGAGUGCAAAACACUAACUGAUAAACUCGAAGAGACUGGUCGACAGUACAAGGAUGAGCUGAUGAGCGGGCUGCAGAGUUGCGUGACCUCAAUUCAAUCCAGUCUUCCGCUGCGACAAAGCGACGACAAAGAAAAUAAUAAGAUUCCAACAAACGGCGAGGGAGAAUUAUCCGACGCUCAAAGAUUUGCAGUUGAACAACUAGGUUCAUUGUUGCAAGAAAUGAUGGAGUGGGUCGACGAAACUACGUCAACAGAAAUAACAACUGAUCAAAUUGGCAAGGAAGAAUAUGAGGGAGACGAAAAACCAGUCCCAGAUGAAAAGGAGGAGAAGGAUUUGCCUGAGAAAGAUACUGAUGAAAAAGACGCUGAUGAGAAGGAGGAAAAACAAGGUGAUGACGAAAAGGAUGUGACUGACAAAGAGACAGAAGAGAAAAUCUCUUCAGAGGAAGCAGACAUUGACAGCGACGUGGUCAAGAGAACUAGUCCUGAAGAGUUCAAAUCCAAAAUUGAACAGGUGAACAGGAAAUUGUUGGAUUGGACGAGUCGGAUCGAGUCCAUUAUUGAAAGAUUUUCCAGCUUCUCACAAAACAGAGCGGACUAUUGAGAGAGAAUCAAAAUCUUCAAAACGAGAUGGCCGCCUUGAAGAGCAGAUUGUCGGAUCACAACAACUCGAGUGGAGCUAGUAACAGGAGCGUUAUGUAGCUCAAGCCACUAUAUGCAUGCCUACACAAAUAAUUUCAACAAUGAUGCUGUCCAUAUUUAUGAUCUCAAUUUAAUUAUGAAAUUGUAUACGUCCAACCAACUGGUCCACUCUGGUAAACAGUUCUUACAAUGUAUCUACAAUGUAGUGGAAAAGACGUUUACAUUUAUUUAGUCACAUUUCUAGUCAUUUAUUCUCUUAAUUUUAUGCAUUUUAUUGUCGUCCUUAAGUUUUUCUUGUAGUUGUCUUAUACGACGUAAUUGUAUAAUGCUUAUAACAUGUCCAUUGUUCCAACAGUUUGUUCAGCUAUUUCAGAUGAUGAAAUAAAUUUCCUUGAAAAC